UCGUUGGACUUCAGCAUGAUUACUUCUCAGCUGCUGGCUUAUGUGGCAAUUUCGGUUCUCUGUGUCUGCAAAGCCAGCUCCCUGGACACCUUUAUUGCAGCUGUUUAUGAGCAUGCAGUGGUAUUGCCUAAUGCUACCCUAACGCCAGUGUCCCAGGAAGAGGCAUUGCUCUUAAUGAACCGCAAUCUGGAUCUCUUGGAGGGAGCAAUCACAUCAGCAGCAAAGCAGGGUGCACAUAUUAUUGUGACUCCUGAAGAUGGUAUCUACGGCUGGAACUUCAGCAGGGAUUCUCUCUACCCGUACUUGGAGGACAUCCCAGACCCUCAGGUGAACUGGAUCCCUUGUAACAAUCCCAACAGAUUUGGCCACACUCCAGUACAAGAGAGGCUCAGCUGCCUGGCCAAGGACAACUCCAUCUACGUCGUGGCGAAUAUUGGGGACAAGAAGCCAUGCAAUGCCAGCGACCCUCAGUGUCCCCCUGAUGGCCGUUACCAAUACAACACUGAUGUGGUGUUUGAUUCCGAGGGAAAGCUCGUGGCACGCUACCAUAAGCAAAACCUUUUCCUGGGUGAAGAUCAAUUCAAUGCACCCAAGGAGCCUGAGGUCGUGACUUUCAACACCACCUUUGGAAGGUUUGGCAUUUUCACGUGCUUCGAUAUUCUCUUCCACGAUCCUGCUGUAACCCUGGUGACAGAUUUCCAUGUGGACACCAUCCUCUUCCCCACAGCUUGGAUGAAUGUUUUGCCACAUUUGUCAGCUAUUGAAUUCCACUUGGCUUGGGCUAUGGGCAUGAGGGUCAAUUUCCUUGCGUCCAAUAUACAUUACCCCUCAAAUAGAAUGACAGGAAGUGGCAUCUAUGCUCCUGAUUCUCCAAGAGCAUUUCAUUAUGAUAUGAAGACCGAGGAGGGAAAACUACUCCUCUCACAACUGGAUUCCCACCCACACCGCCCUGCAGUGGUGAAUUGGACUUCUUAUGCCAGCAGUGUGGAAGCACUCUCGAUGGGAAACCAGGAAUUUAAGAACACUGUCUUUUUUGAUGAAUUCACCUUCUUUGAGCUCACAGAAGUCACAGGAAAUUACACAGUUUGUCAGAAAGAUCUCUGCUGUCAUCUAAGCUACAAGAUGUCUGAGAAGAGAGCAGAUGAAGUGUAUGCCCUAGGGGCAUUUGAUGGACUACAUACUGUGGAAGGGAGUUAUUAUUUACAGGUUUGUACACUGUUGAAGUGCAAAACCACAGAUUUACACACUUGUGGUGACUCAGUGGAAAGUGCUUCCACCAGGUUCGACAUGUUCUCGCUCAGUGGCACUUUCGGAACCCAGCAUGUCUUCCCUGAGGUGCUGCUGAGUGAAAUUCAGCUUGCACCCGGAGAAUUUCAGGUGUCAAGUGAUGGACGCUUGUUUAGUCUGACGCCGCCCUCUGGACCUGUCCUGACGGUGACUCUUUAUGGGAGGUUGUACGAGAAGGACCGGGCAUCCGAUGCUUCAUCCGACCUCACAGCACAAGCACUAGGAGUAAUGCUCAUAGUUCUAACACCCGUUGUGUUCUCAUUACGUUGGUAGAAUAUUUACAUUUUCUCUCUUUUAUUUCAGAUAAUUUAAAAAAUGAUGCAUGAGAAAAGAAAGAUGGGUCUGUGCUCUUGAUAAUAGUGAUUGUGGCCUCUGGUGUAAAUAAAU